UCUUAAAUUAAAACGAUUCAAAGUAAUAAAAUCUGAUUUCUUUGAGUGAGCGCUAAAGGAUGGCAUCAGUUUUAAACUCUAGACUACGCCAUCAAAACUGCUGUGAUGAGUGAGACCGACGAUACCGAUAUUCUUUUGCUUAUCCCGCCGAAUUUCUUCCUUGUGCCAAGUUCAGGCUCCGAAGGAUCACUUCUAGAUUCCUCUAGAACUGUCGUGCAUAAGCCGUCUUGCACUGCUCAAGUAUUGGGGAAACUCGUGGACCAAGUGCACUCUCUUGAAAAUAGGUUAGAAAGUUUAGAGUUAAGUACUAACGAGAGUAUUUCUAGUUUCGGAGGAAGACGUAAAAGUUGUGAGACAGAAAGCUUUGACAGCCGGAGUCUCGACCGUAAGUGCUUUACGUUCCCACGCCGACGGCGACGAAAGGUAUUAAAUAGAAGGGAUAGAAAACGUGACUGGUCCCUUACAAGUUUAGACUCGAUCGGCACGACACAUAUACCACCGUUAAAAUUCAAAGAUAUUCCUGAUAAAUCAUCAGCAAAUGACACAAUAAGUAUGGACGGAGACAUUAGCAGUAUUGUAUCCACACCUAGCAAGAAAAAUGAUAAAUUACUAUUACAUGAAAUUGAUGAAUUUUUGACUAAAGUUGAGUCAUAUGAAAUACCUGAAUCUAAAAUAAAAAAUGAAACCUCUCUUAGCCCAGAGAAUGUUAUCAAAGCUACAGGUGAUUACAUGACAAGAAAGAUGGACCAGAAAAUGGGUGUUGAUGAUAUCAAACUUCCGAGUGGUAGAAUUGUAUCCAGUAACAUAUUAGAUAAAUAUAUAUACCUGGUUAAGAAUAACACUGACACGACUGACAAGCCAGCCUCAAGCAAUGUUAGAUCACAGUAUGUUGCAGAGGCAAAUGAAAAAUUGGCAUUAGAAAGCCAGAAGUGCCGACCCUUGACAAAUGAAACAAGAUCUCCUUCCAGCAGAAAAUUAAAUUUCAUGGAUUCUAAAGAAAUCCAAGUUACAUCAACUCCGAAGAAACCUCAACCUUAUUCAGACACAUUCCGUCCUUCUAGUAAUAAAAUCUAUGAUAGAGCCUCAAAGGUGUUGGAGCAAUACAAGUCCAAAAACUUUGGAAGUCAUUCUCAAAAUUCUAUGGCAGACACAAGUCACUCCUUGUCUCCUAAAAAAGAUGAGUUCAAAAUGCCACAAAUGAGACCUUUUCCAGAGGCUAAAGAUGGUUUGAAAUUGAGUGAGUUUCGCAACAAGUACAUUGACACUAUAGACACAGAUUUGUUGAGCUUAAGUGAGAUGUGGGGUGAAAAAAGGGACAAGGGGGACAGGAUGGAAAAUGCAAAGUUAGAAGAGGAAAAACUAAAAAGAGAGCAUUGUGAAUCCAUAAUCCAACAAUUACAAAAGAAACUACUGGAGCAGCAAGAGAAGCUGGCAGUUGCUGUCAAAGUAGAUCACAGUAAGGACGAGGCCAUAUCCAAGCUCCGGGAGGCAUGGCUGAAGCUCACUAGCAGCUUGGACCGGGCCGAGGAGCGCCACAAGGCUGCAUUGGACAAGAUGAUGCGGGAGGUUGACAACUUUAAAGCUGUUGCUGAUGCAGCACAGAAGAAAACUAGCCAUUUUGAAUCCGAGCUGUACAAAGCCCUAGACUUAGCCCAUGAUUACCAAGACAAGUGCAAGCAACUCAACCUGGAAAUGAAGCAGGUCAGGGCCAGCACGGAGAGUGCGCUGGCCAGCAAAGAUCAGCUUUUAGCAAGCAAGGACAUGGAAAUACAGGCAUUGAAGGAAAACUAUGAGACGGUCAUGCGAUUGAAUAAACAGUCAACAGAUUGUGUUAAAAACUUAGAGGAUGUGUUGGAAAAGGAAAAAUCGGAUCACAACGAAUCAAAGCAAAAAAUAGACGAGCUGUCCCAACGACUGCAGUCCAUCGACGAAGAAACGGCGCUCGUACAUCAAGAGAGGGACCUUCUGAGGACCAAGAUAAACGAGGAGCGCGGCCGCUCCACCGUGCUGGAGCGGCAGCUGGCCGAUAAACAGGACCAAUGUAGCGACCUGCUCAAUAAAUGCGACAACCUCGAUGCUGAAGUGAAGUCGCUACGGAAACAGUUGGAGCUCCAGAAGAACGAGCUAAAGUGUCACUACCAGAAGCAGUUAGAGGAUGCUGUUCUGGCCAAGCUGCAGGAGUUCCAGCAGCAGCUGGAACACGCUGAGCGGGACCUGGAGAAUGACGCGAGGGGCAAAGAAUGCGCCAUGCUGGAAACGUUCAAUAGGCAGGUCGCGAGCAUCGAGGAGCAACACAAAUUGGAGAUUAAAGUUCUGGAAGAGAAACAAAAAGAAGAGAUAAAAUUGUAUCGACUACAGCUGGCCCAGGCCAGUGAAAAAAUCGGCUUAUUGGAGAGUAAGCUGGAGUCCCACCGGCGGCGGCGCGGGCAGAUCGCGACGCAGCUGCACGGCGUGAUGCAGCAGCAGUGGCGGCAGGCCGUGCGGAUCCUCACCAGCGGCCAGGAGCCGCUCGACCACACCAGGGACUCGGCGUCGACGCCGGCGCCUGAGUUCGCAGGGAAGGUCCCGCCGCUGUCGCUGCCGCCGCGCCGCGACCGCGACCGCGACCCACUUAACUUGGAUGGACUAUCCGACCACGAGCUUCAACACUACGUUAAGUUGCUGCUGUCGAAGCCGCCGGCGCUGGACAGCACGGAGCGCUCGGGGUCGCCGCACGAGGAGCCCACGAGCGACCGCCCCGAGCGCCGCGCGCGCCGCGGCCUCAACCACAGCGGGCCCAAGCCGCCCUGGAAGGCCUGACCGAGACCGACGCGAAUACGGUUUCAAUUUUAACUCUUUAACGGGCAGUGGGAACACGUUUCUGUUCACAUUUUGAACUUUAUAUACUUUUGAUAGAGUUCAAAGCCUUUGAAAAAAUUUCGCCCAUGUGCGCGAUCGAGACCUUGUGCAAUACGGAAGUUAUGGUCAAGAUUGUUACGGUGGACCUCCCGUUGGUAUACCUCCAUAUACCCUCCGAUUAUAUGACUAGUUUACAAUUUUAUUAUAAAAACACACGGUGUUUUUCAUCACACUUGCGCGGAAAUAAACAUGUACAAUUUAAGCCAAAAUAAAUGUGUCAUAAUAAAAUGUGCAUCAUACAAAAUAUGAGCCAUUUUCAAGCAAAAGAUUAUUUGCGGACACUGCGCUGAAGUGUCGCUGUCGUAAUAGAAAGCACCAUAAUCGACAAAACAUGAAAUAUGAGCAAGGGUGUUGACCGAUGAAUGAAGUAUUUAAGUAUUUGUUCCUUUUCCAUUUAUAGCGAUCCUAUUAAAGUGAGUAUAAAGUUGCUUUUUGUUUCUUUGUAGGACAAAGAUCCAUUAAAGACAAUUUUAUACGACUAAUAAAAUAUUGUUGGAAGAUACUUUGGUUCCUUUAUAGUAAUAAAUAGCAGGUUUCGAUGUAGGUUUUAGGUUAGGCCGUGGAAACCACAAAUGCCGUUGACAUAAACCAGACCCUCAAGAAUGUGGUUGGAAUCCUCAGGGAUGAAGGUACGAGAUUUUGCGAAGUACAGCGUAAAGCCGGGAGGUCGAAGCUUUCGGAGGAAACCCUCAGGCUCAUGAAGGUACGACGGGAAGACCCACCUGCCACUUCGUCAGAGCGACAGGCUCUAAACAAGAGGAUUGGCAAACUAGUACGACGUGACCUCCGGUGCGCCAAUACACGCUUCAUUGAGCAAGCGAUUGAGCAGAAUCGGGGGUCAAAAGUUUUUGUCCAGUCCCUUGGAAGAAGCCACCUGACGAAGCUGACCACAACUGGUGGGGCUGUUGUAUCGUCCCGGUCGGGGAUUCUCUCAGAACUCGAAUCCUUCUAUGGCCAGCUAUACGCCUCGCAUGCAUCUCAACCAGAUCCCGAAAAUGAGGAUUCUAGAGCCACAUUGAUCCGCCACUUUACCGAAGACUUGCCAGAAAUCAGCACUGACGAAAUCGAGAUGGCCCUCAGACAGCUAAAAAAUGGAAGAGCCCCCGGCGAGGACGGCGUUACAACAGAGCUUCUGAAAGCGGGAGGCAAACCUGCACUGAAGGAGCUCCAGAACAUCUUUACCGCCGUUCUCUUCGAUGGGAGAACUCCAGAGGUGUGGAGUAGGAGUGUUGUCGUGCUGUUCUUCAAAAAGGGAAAUAAGGCCCUAUUGAAGAACUACUGACCCAUUUCGCUCCUAAGCCACAUCUACAAGCUGUUUUCGAGGGUCAUCACGAACCGCCUAGCACGAAGACUCGACGAAUUUCAGCCACCGGAGCAGGCCGGAUUUCGAGGAGGAUACGGCACCAUAGACCACAUCUUCACAGUGCGGCAGAUUAUACAGAAGACUGAAGAGUAUAAUCGGCCCCUGUGCUUAGCAUUUGUGGACUAUGAGAAAGCCUUUGACUCCAUUGAAGUCUGGGCUGUUCUGGAUUCCCUGCAGCGAUGCCAAGUCGACUGGCGAUAUGAGAUGGUUGAGAUGUCUGUUCGACGCAGCUACCAUGGCCGUCCAAGUCUAAAACCAGCAGACUAAGGCUAUCCCCAUGCAUCGUGGUGUGAGACAAGGGGAUGUGAUUUCCCCCAAAUUGUUCACAAAUGCAUUGGAGGAUAUGUUUAAAACGCUCGACUGGAAGGAACAUGGUAUUAACAUUAAUGGCGAAUACAUCUCACACUUGCGAUUUGCGGACGACAUCGUCAUCAUGGCUGAGACGUUGCAGGAUUUAGAGCAUAUGCUGACCGGUCUAGCUGAUUCUUCUCAACGCAUAGGUCUCCGGAUGAAUUUGGACAAAACGAAAGUUAUGUUCAACGAACGUGUUGCUCCGGGACCUAUUGCAGUACAAGGGGCUGUUCUCGAGGUUGUUCAGGAAUACGUCUACCUCGGGCAAAUACUGCAGUUAGGAAGGAACAACUUCGAGAAAGAGUCGAAUAGAAGGAUACAGCUGGGCUGGGCAGCUGCGUCGAGUCUUCACGUCAUCAAUCCCACAAAGUCUGAAGACAAAAGUCUUCAAUCAGUGCGUCCUACCCGUGAUGACAUACGGAGCCGAAACGUGGACACUCACGGUAGGACUGGUCCAUAAAUUCAAAGUCGCUCAGCGAGCUAUGGAAAGGGCUAUGCUCGGAGUCUCUCUGAGGGAUCGUAUUCGAAAUGAAGUCAUCCGUCAGAGAACUAAAGUCGUCGACAUAGCCCACCGGAUUAGCAAGCUGAAGUGGCAGUGGGCCGGUCAUAUUAGCCGUAGAACCGAUAACCGUUGGGGUAGACGAGUUCUCGAGUGGAGACCGCGCAUCGGCAAACGUAGCGUAGGACGCCCUCAGACUAGAUGGAGCGAUGACCUUCGCAAGGCGGCUGGCAAGAGCUGGAUCAGAGUUGCCGCAAAUCGUGCUCAAUGGCGUGCAAUAGGAGAGGCCUAUGUCCAGCAGUGGACGAAAGUAGGCUGAUGAUGAUGAUGAUGAUGAUGAUGUAGGUUUUCAAUGAAUUUGUUUUACACCAGCAAUACGGAAGUCAUAUAUUAUUUAUAAUUUAUAAUAUGUAGGUACUUAUGAGUUGAUAGGAACACUAUACUUUGGUUUUAUACUCCGGCGUAAGUAUAUUAGAAACUUCGUUUUUUUUGCAUUAAAAAUAACUCCAGAUGUAAAUCAUGAGGAUUUUAAUUGAUUACCUACUUUAAAAAUUUACUACAUUAUCUGACCCCAUUAUUAUUAUGAUUUCUUAUCUGAUUUAAAACCCCAUGUUAAUUACAUCUGGCAUUUCUUCAUUUUAAUUCAAAUAAGUUUUUGGCAAAAAUUUAAUUUUUGGUACAAGCUUUUAUCGCUGACUGUACUUUUCUUACGACAGACAGCUAAUACUCAUCGAGACAAUUCUAAAAACCCCUAACACAAUUAGGUUGCGCUGAAUCAUCACAGAGUUCCUAUGGCCACCUCCUGUCUCCAUCAUCAGAUCAGCUCGAUGGUACCAUAAUAUUGCAUUAUCAUCCGAUUUAUACAUGCAUGCAAAAUUUCAGCUCGAUCGGAAACCGGGAAGUGGAUCAAAUUUAACUUGCAAGAUUUGAUUACAGACAGACAGACAACGGUCAGGUGAAACUAAAUAAAAGCUUGUAAAAAUAAUUAUAGCAAUUUGCCAUCUUUAAUAAAUACCGAAUUAUCCAGGGACAGAAGAAUAACUUAGACAAUUUUUCUUAACUAUGAACUAAACUAACCAGGGGUGGACAAAACGCGGCUCGCGAGCCGCAUGCAGCUCUUCGAGUCUCCCAAAACAUUAACGCUAAAGAGAUCUUUGACCACGGAAAACAAAUAUUUAAUUACACAAACGGGUCUACCGCGAUAUAAUUUCAUUGUUUUUACCUUUAAUUCCGACGUUUCAGCUGAGUUGCACCAGCUGUGGUCACGGAAAGACUGACGUCCCAACAAAUGUCAACGGAGAUAUUAAUAAAACACCACUAAACUACCCGAAAUUAGUUCAACAACAACAAACAAUGAAACAACAAUGAAACAAUGACUGAACAAUGAAAUUAUAUCGCGGUAGACCCGUUUGUGUAAUUAAAUAUGUGUACAAAACGCGAGAGUUUAAAGUGUUACACGGAAAACAACAUUUGGGGCUCUUUGAGAUGCCUAUAACCUGUCAUUUCUGCGUUUAGCUCUUCUCCUCAAAAGUUUGCCGACCUUCGAACUAAUCUAGUUAAAUAGAAAAAUGUACCCUAAGCCUGGUAAAUUCUGAUUCCAAGAUUGUAAAAAGCACUACUAUCAGCCACGUUCAAACAACUGGGGAAUAUUUCCAUUGUCUAAUGUUAUCCCUCCUGUCCCCAGUGAUCCCACAUGACUGUAAGUAAUUAAGUCCAGUAAUUGAGAUGUAACUACAUUUUCGUGUUGAUUCAAUAGUUAAAUAAAUACCCAUGAAAUUACCUUAGUUACUAAUUUCAAGAGAAGUUCUACUGUGUGGAAUGUGUUUUACUUAGGAUGUACUCAAAUGAAUUCUAUGUUUGUUAUGCCACGUAAUUUUUUUAAUGUAUCACGACAUUCCAUUUUGCAAUUUUAUACUGUUGAUAUUAACAAGGAUUUUGGAUAAUA